AUGCAGAGAUUAAAACUUCUGAAGCCAUUGAAGCAUGCUUUGCUGAGCCCAAAUGGCUGUUUGGUGAAUCAAACUAGAAGUGCUUAUGCUCUUCCUAGUUAUACUCUCCUGGACCAUCUUCAAGAACAGGUUUUAGUAGAAGGGAGAGCAAAGGCAAGAGCAGCCAUACUCAAUAGACCAUCUGCCCUUAAUGCCAUUACUACUGAUAUGGUGUCUCGCUUGAAUAAAUUGUACGAGUCUUGGGAAGAAAAUACAGAUAUUGGAUUCGUCCUGAUGAAGGGUAGUGGCAAGGCAUUCUGUGCUGGAACAGAUGUUGUGUUGCUUCAUCAGUUAAUAAAUGAAGGGAAGAUUGAUGAGUGUAAGGUUUUAUUCGAGACUCUGUAUAAGUUUGUCUACCUCCUGGGAACAUAUCUCAAGCCUCAUGUGGCUAUUUUGGAUGGCAUCACAAUGGGAGGUGGAGCGGGUAUUUCGCUCCCUGGAAUGUUCCGUCUUGUGACGGAUAAAACUAUUUUUGCUUCACCAGAAGCUCAAAUUGGUUUUCAUCCUGAUGCAGGGGCUUCCUAUUAUCUCUCUCGUCUUCCUGGUUAUUUAGGAGAAUAUCUGGCUCUAACAGGAGACAAGCUAAACGGCGUAGAAAUGAUGGCUUGUGGACUUGCUACACACUAUUCCCUAAAAGAAAGGCUUCCUUGGAUUGAAGAACGUCUCGGUAAAUUGAUAACAGAUGAUCGUUCUGUUGUUGAAAGUUGUCUUGCUCAAUAUGGUGAUCUUGUCUACCCAGAUCGGAGGAGCAUUCUUCAUAAGUUAGAUAAAAUUGAUAAAUGCUUUGGCCGGGAUACUGUUGAGGAAAUUGUAGAUGCUCUGAGAGAAGAAGAGGCAGUGGACCGUUCUGAUGAUUGGUGCAAAGCAACACUAAAAAAAAUAAAGGAAGCUUCACCCUUGAGCCUAAAAGUUACUUUACAAUCUGUUCGAGAAGGUAGAUUUCAACCUCUAGAUCAGUGUCUAGUGAGAGAGUACCGGAUAUCAUUAAAUUGUAUUUCAAAACGUGUUUCCAAUGACUUUUGUGAGGGUGUUCGUGCACGAUUGGUUGACAAGGACUUUGGUCCAAAGUGGGAUCCUCCAAUCCUGGAAGAUGUCACCAAGGACAUGGUAGAUGCCCAUCUUCUUCCAUUGAGUGAAUUCGAACCGGAUCUAAACUUGCCUACGUCUGUGCGAGAGCCUUCUGCAUAA